AUGUCGAAGGAAAAAAAACAAGAGAACUCAAAAAAAAACACCUUUUAUAAGGUCCCGUUUUCCAUCGAUUACGCGUGUUUUUUUUCAGUUGGAUGCGAGGUUAGCUCGUUCGUGACACUUCUGGACUACAUCAGAAAUGACCUGGACCUCAAGGGGACCAAAUACAUGUGUCGUGAAGCUGGCUGCGGAGCCUGCAUCGUCAAUGUGAAGUAUCCAAUAGCACGGUCCUAUGCUGUCAACUCGUGCAUGACAUCAAUCACAUCUUGUCAUGGGUGGGAUAUCACAACGAUUGAGGAGGUAGGAAAUAGGAAAAAGGGCUACCAUCCUCUGCAAACCACUCUGGCCAAGGAAAAUGGAUCACAGUGUGGGUAUUGCUCGCCUGCUUGGGUUAUGUCCAUGUACAGUCUUUUGCAAAAUAAUCCAGAAAUAACAAUGUUGGAAAUAGAAAAGUCACUAUCAGGCAACAUAUGUCGGUGUACAGGAUAUAGGCCAAUAUUAGAAGCCUUCAAAAAAUUCGCAAGUGAUGCACCACAUCAAAUGCAAUUAUGCGAUAUAGAAGAUUUACGAAUUUGUAAAAAUACUGGAGAAAAUUGCAAUAAAAGUAAUUGCGAGGAAAGCGAUUGGUGUUUCCUAAAUAAUGAAGAUAUUCCAGGGAAUAUAAUAAAAAUAAAAUUGAAAGAUAACAAACUUUGGUUUCGUGUAAACACCGUUCGAGAGAUAUUUCAAAUAUUUAUUAGAGAAGGCACAGAUUCCUAUAUGUUGGUUUGUGGAAACACUGCUAAAGGAGUAUAUCCUAUAUUCGAAUACCCUCGUGUCCUUAUCGACGUAAGCGGAGUUCAAGACCUAAAAGGCUAUACAAAAGACCAAAACCUGAUAGUUAAUGGAAAUACCACGCUUACUGAGUUUCUGGAAAUACUACAAAAAGUGGCCAAUGAAGAAUAUUUUAGUUAUUUAUUGAAGUUGUAUGAUCAUGUUAAAAAGGUCGCUCAUGUGGCAGUGAGAAAUAUUAUGCCACGAUCUGAAAACGCCCAUGCUUUAAUCAAUGCUGGAUUUCUGUAUAAACUAUAUAGCCCUUUUAAAAUCGUGAAAGAAGCAAGAAUAGUUUUUGGAGCUCUUGCACCAUCUUUUACCCGAGCUACUUCUACUGAAAGAUAUUUAGUAGGAAAGAAACUUUUUACUGACGAAACUCUGCAAGCGGCUUUGAAAAUUAUGGAACAAGAACUUGUGGUAAUAGAUAAUCCACCUGAACCUUCGGUACAUUAUAGAAGAAUAACUGCUUUGGGACUCUUCUAUAAGGGUCUCCUCAAGAUAAUUCCACAGCAUGCUGUAAGCCCAUGUUAUAAUUCCGGAGCAAUAAAUCUGGAUGACACCCGUCCUGUAUCUCGGGCAAAUCAAGUAUUUUAUACAAAACCAUCGGAGUGGCCCUUAAACCAACCCAUUCCGAAAGUUGAAGCUUUGAUUCAAUGUGCAGGGGAAGCAUUUUACACUGAAGAUCUACCAUCCUUUCGUGAUGAAGUAUUUUGUGCAUUUGCUUUAAGCACUGUUGCUGUGGGAGAUAUAGUUAAGAUUGAUGCCUCUAAAGCUUUGGCUUGUCCAGGAGUCAUAGAUGUCUAUACAGCAAAAGACAUACCCGGUUUAAAUUCCUUUAGUCCUUCUGAUACACCAUUUAAUUCCUCCGAUGAAGAAGUACUUUGCAGCGGACGUGUCGAAUAUUAUAAUCAAGCUAUAGCAAUAGUCGUAGCUGAAUCACGAUAUAUUGCUGACAGUGCUGCCAAGUUAGUUUCAGCAACAUACAAAAAUGUUAAAGAUCCAUUGAUAGAUGUAAAAUAUACGCAAGAUAACCCAACAAGAUCUUCACUUAGCGAUAAAAUAGAUGCCACAGAAAUAGGCAACGAUGUUACUGAUAUUAUUAAGGGGAAUAACUCAAUAUAUGGCCAGUAUCAUUUUGUUAUGGAAACUUUGAGCUGUGUAACAAAGCCCUCAGAUGAAGGAUUAGAUGUUUAUUGUGCGUCACAGUGGUUAGAUGGCAUUCAGUUGAUGAUAUCUAGAGCAUUAAAAAUGGACCAAAAUAGAAUUGACGUACACAAUCGCCGCUGUGGAGGCGCAUACGGUUUUAAAAUAUCAAGAUGUAUCCAAGGGGCAGUCGCAAGUGCUUUGGUCGUUACUAAGUUGAACAGACCUUGUCGGUUCAUUCAGUCUUUGCGUACAAAUAUGAGAGCUGUUGGCAAGAGGCUUCCUUGUGCUAUGAAUUUUGAGGCUGGUGUAAAUAAGGGUGGAGAGAUCCAGUACAUAAAUCAUAACAUUUAUGAAGACAAUGGUUAUAAAAUAAAUGAAACAUUUUCUGUACUUGGUAGAUUAAUAUACAGCAACGCUUACAAGAGGGAACGUUGGAACUAUAAAGUAUACGAUUCCACCACCGACACUGCUAAAAAUACUUGGGCUAGAGCACCCUGUUCACUAGAACACAUCGCAAUGGCUGAAUUAGUAAUAGAACAGAUAGCUUAUCAACUAUCUUUAGAUCCUCUAGAUGUCAGACUAGCUAACAUAGACACUGAACAAAAUGGUGAUUUAAAUAAAAUGAUCAAUAAUCUUAUUUCAAUUUCUGACUACAAGGAAAGAAGGGCUUUUGUAAAUCAGUAUAACCAUGAUAAUAGAUGGAAAAAGCGAGGCUUGAGAUUUUCUGUAUUAAAAUGGUCACACGGGGGAGGAGUAAACUUGUGCAUCAACUUAUCAGUUUACGCUGGAGAUGGUACUGUUGUUUUAACUCAUGGAGGUAUUGAAAUGGGGCAAGGCAUAAACACGAGAGCUAUUCAAGUAGCUGCGCACCUACUCAAAAUUCCUGUUGAAAAAAUCAUUGUCAAAGAAAAUAACACAGUAAUAGGUCCAAAUGUGAGCUCAACUAAUGGCAGUAUUACUUCUAUGACUGCAACUGUCGGUGUAAGACGAGCUUGUCAAGAACUUUUAAGAAGACUGCAACCAAUAAGAGACCAGAUGAAUAAUCCGACUUGGGAGGAGUUGAUAAAGAAAGCACACACAGACAAUGUUGAUUUACAAACGCAUGGAUAUACUAGAACUGAUGAAGAUUAUAGUUUUCCAGUAUUUGGUGUGACGCUAGCAGAAGUAGAAUUGGAUGUGAUCACCGGUCAGUUUCAGAUCAUAAGAGUUGAUAUAUGUCAAGAUGCUGGCCAGAGUGUUAAUCCUGAACUUGACAUUGGACAAAUAGAAGGAGCUUUCAUGAUGGGUUUGGGUUAUUGGACAUCUGAACAUCUGGUGUAUGCAUCUUCAGGAGAAAACCUCACAGAUCGCACUUGGCACUAUUAUGUUCCACUGGCUAGAGACAUACCUCAAGAUUGGAGAGUAUAUCUAAGAAAAAAUUCUUAUAGUGAUGACAUUGUGUUUGGGGCUAAAUCUAUUGGUGAACCUCCGAUAUGUAUGGCAGUAGUAAUAGCAUUCGCUUUGAGAGAAGCUGUUGUAGCAGCUCGACUUGACGCCGGUAUACCAACCACUCAAUGGUAUCCAGAAGGAGGACAUCUUUGUGUUCCUUAUUCAAACAUGAAGCGAAUUAAUUUUAAAGUCAACGGAGCAAAUUACAAAGUUGGUGGUGAGGUGAGCUCCCACGUUACUCUCCUGGACUACAUCAGAUAUGACCUUGAUCUGAAAGGCACAAAGUACAUGUGUCGCGAAGCUGGCUGCGGAGCUUGUAUCGUUAACGUCAAGAAUCCGUCAGGAGCCAGUUAUGCUGUCAACUCGUGCAUGGUGUCAAUUACGUCGUGUCAUGGAUGGGAGAUCACGACGAUUGAGGAAGUGGGCAACAGAAAGAAAGGCUAUCAUCCCCUGCAGAAAACCCUGGCUGAGGGAAAUGGCUCACAGUGUGGUUAUUGCUCGCCUUCUUGGGUUAUGUCUAUGUACAGCCUCCUACAAAGUAAUCCAGAUAUAACGAUGCUGGAAGUAGAAAAGUCUUUAGCCAGUAAUGUCUGCCGGUGUACAGGCUAUAGGCCGAUAUUAGAGGCAUUGAAAAAGUUCGCCAAAGACGCACCAAAGCAAAUUCAGUUACCUGAUCUUGAAGACUUACAAAUUUGCAAAAAAAAUGGAGAAUCUUGUAACAAGAGUAGCUGUGACGCAGUCGAUUGGUGUUUUUUAAAUGCAGAAGAUAUCGAUGCUAAUGAAAUAGAGAUAAAGUUGAAAGACAACAAACUUUGGUUCCGAGUUAAUACCGUUCAGGAUAUAUUUAAAAUCUUAAGAAGAAAAGAAACUGAUUCCUAUAUGUUGGUCUGCGGAAACACUGCUAAGGGAGUAUACCCCAUAGAUGAAUAUCCACAUGUCCUUAUAGAUGUAACAGGAGUUCAAGAAUUAAAGGGCUAUAGCGUUGACCAAAACCUAAUAGUAAAUGCAAAUACCACACUUACGGAAUUUCUAGAUAUACUUCAAAAAGUAGCCAACGAAGAAUUCUUUGAUUAUUUGACAAAAUUAUAUGAACAUAUUAAAAACGUGGCGCAUAUUCCAGUGAGAAACGUGGGAUCAAUAGCAGGAAAUUUGAUGAUCAAGCAUCAGCAUAAUUUUUUUUCAUCAGAUAUUUUUUUGCUGUUUGAAACAAUUGGUGCUCAAGUAACAAUACAAAAUAGUAUCAGUUCCAAACGAACUCUGACAAUGCAACAGUUUCUCAAGCAAGAUAUGAAAGGUUACAUCAUACGCAAUGUUAUGUUACCACCACUCACCAAUGACUAUAAACUGAUAACAUUUAAGAUUAUGCCACGUUCUCAAAACGCACAUGCUUUGGUAAAUGCAGGGUUUUUGUACAAAUUACGCAGUUCCAACAACACAGUGAAGCAAGCAAGAAUAGUUAUAGGUGCACUUUCACCAUCCUUUAUCCGUGCUAGUGCCACUGAAAAAUAUUUAGAGGGGAAAAAACUUUUUACAAAUGAAACACUCCAAGCAGCUUUGAAAAUUAUGGAACAAGAACUUGUAGUGGUAGAUAAUCCGCCUAAUCCUUCAGUGGAUUACAGAAGAAGAGUUGCUUUGGGGCUAUUCUAUAAGGGUCUACUUAAAUUAUCUCCAGAAUGCGCAGUAAGCCCUUAUUAUCUUUCUGGAGCAAAAAAUCUGGAUGACGAUCGCCCGGUGUCUAGGGCCCACCAAGUCUUCGACACCAAACCUUCGGAAUGGCCAUUGAACGAGCCCAUCACAAAAGUGGAAGCUUUGGUCCAAUGUGCGGGAGAAGCAUUUUACACUGAAGAUCUACCGAUAUUUUCUGAUGAAGUAUUUUGUGCUUUUGCUUUAAGCACUAUCGCCGUAGGAGACAUAGUAAAGAUUGACACUAGUAAAGCUUUGGCGCAUCCAGGAGUCAUUGAUGUCUACGUCGCAAAAGAUAUCCCGGGGGUGAAUUCUUUUACUCCGCCUGAUUCUUUUCUUUAUUCCGCUAACGAAGAAGUAUUGUGCAGUGGACAUGUCCAAUAUUUUAAUCAACCAAUAGCAAUAGUAGUAGCCGAAGAACGAUAUAUUGCUAACAAAGCUGCAAAGUUAGUUACAGCAACAUACACAAAUGUCCAAGAUCCAGUACUGGACGUCAGGCGUACCAUUGGUAAUAAAGCAAGAGCUAUACCUAAUUCAGAAGACAAUGCAAAGGAAAAAGGUGAUGACAUCAAACUUACUAUCACGGGUGAAAAUUCAAUUUACGGACAGUAUCACUUCGUUAUGGAGACAUUGACUUGUGUGAUAAGGCCAUCUGAAGAAGGACUAGAUGUCUAUUGUGCAUCUCAGUGGUUGGAGUCUGUACAGUUGAUGAUAUCUAGAGCUUUAAAAAUGGACCAAAACAGGAUUGAUGUGCAUAAUCGACGUUGUGGUGGCGCAUACGGCUUCAAAGUGUCCAGAUGCAUACAAGGGGCGGUCGCAAGUGCCCUAGCCGUAACUAAACUGAAUAGACCAUGCCGUUUUAUUCAGUCACUACCGAUAAAUAUGAGGGCUGUCGGCAAGAGGCUUCCUUGUGCUAUGAAUUUUGAGGCUGGUGUAGAUAAUCGUGGAGUGAUUCAAUACCUUGAUUACAACAUUUAUGAAGAUAACGGGUAUAAAACAAACGAAACGUUCACUAAACUCGGCAUGGAUAUAUAUAACAAUGCUUACAAGAAAGAGCGAUGGAAUUACAAAAGUUACGACUCUCUUACUGAUACUGCUAAAAAUACCUGGGCUAGGGCACCCGGGACAAUGGAACACAUUGCCAUGACAGAAUUGGUUAUGGAACAGAUUUCUUACAAGCUAUCUUUGGAUCCGUUGGAUGUUAGGUUAGCGAAUUUAGACUCUGAGCAAUACGGAGAUCUCAAAGACAUGGUUAACGAUAUUUUAAUAAGUUCCGACUAUAAGAAAAGAAGAGAGUAUGUAACUCAAUACAACGUUGAUAAUAGAUGGAAAAAGCGAGGUUUGAGAUUUGCUCUACUAAGGUGGUCACCUGGAGGAGGAAUGAACGUCUACGUUAAUUUGUCUGUUUACCGUGGUGAUGGCACUGUAGUUUUAACCCAUGGUUGUAUUGAAAUGGGACAAGGCGUAAAUACGAGAGCUGUUCAAGUAGCCGCUUACCUACUUAAGAUUCCUGUUGAAAAAAUUAUUGUGAAGGAGAACAACACUGUCAUAGCCCCAAAUGCCAGUAUAUCUGGUGGUAGCGUCACAUCAAUCAAUGUAUCUGUCGGAGUAAAACGAGCUUGUGAAGAACUUUUAAGAAGACUGAAACCAAUCAGAGACAAGAUGAAAAAUCCAACUUGGGAAGAGUUGAUAAAACAAGCACAUAAAGAUAACGUGGACUUACAAGCACAUGGGUUUACUAGAACUGAUGAAGAGCACAAGUUAAAUGUAUUUGGAGUUACGCUAGCGGAAGUAGAAUUAGAUGUGAUCACGGGCCAGUUUCAGAUCAUAAGAGUUGACAUAUGUCAAGAUGCUGGACAAAGUGUUAAUCCAAAAAUUGAUGUUGGCCAGGUAGAGGGAGCAUUUAUGAUGGGUUUGGGUUAUUGGACGUGUGAAAAUUUAGUAUAUGCACCGACAGGAGAAUUGCUUUCGGAUCGCACUUGGAACUAUUACGUUCCACUUGCUAGAGAUAUCCCUCAAGACUGGAGGGUAUGUCUGAGGAAGAAUUCGUACAGUGAGGAUGCAAUUUUCGGAGCCAAAUGUAUCGGUGAACCACCAAUAUGUAUGACAGUAGUAAUAGCUUUGGCUUUGAGAGAAGCUAUAGUUGCAGCUCGAUUCGACAGUGGCAUUCCGACUACUGAGUUUUAUCAAGAAUAUGGCCCGCAUACAGUAGAGAGGAACUGUUUACUGUCAUCUACGAAACUAUCAGAUUUUAAGUUUAAAUAA